AUGAAUCCUUCUAACACUGCAACUCGUUCCGCGUCUCAGCGACCGACCGUUCUUUCAACAGCUCAACAACCAAAAACUCUAUCAACGGCUCAACAACCAACAGUUCCAUUAACAGCUCAACAACAAACAGUUCCGUUAACAGCUCAACAACAAACAGUUCCGUUAACAGCUCAACAACCAACAGUUCCGUUAACAGCUCAACAACCAAUUGUUCCAUUAACAGCUCAACAACCAAUUGUUCCAUUAACAGCUCAACAACCAACUGUUUGCACUAAUGUUACUCAACAACCCGCUGGUGUAUGUGGCAUUUCUGCACCACAAGCUCCAUGCUUCGGUCGCGGCCGAGGUCGUGGUCGUGGUUUUACGUCAGGUGGCCCCGGAUUAUUUGAAGUUUCUCCAGAAGGCGAAGUUCUUCAUGAAGGAAUACCACAAAGUAAAGAACUCGAACAUCUUGCUCAAUUAAAGGAGGUCGCAUCCGAGCAUACUCGUCAAGAGUCUUUAGGUGCUUACGGAAUUCCUAAAGGCAGUGCUGCUAGUCUAGCUC